UUUCUAGGUCCUGCAGCCAUGCAGAUUUUUGUGCGCGGCCAGGAGCCGCACGUGGUCGAAGUUCGCGGCGAUGAGACGCUGGGUCAGCUCCGCCCGCUGCUCUGCGCGCUGGAGGGCGUGGACGCCGAGGAGGCGCGCCUCUCCGCCGGCGGCGUGACGCUGGCGGACGACGUGCUGAUCAGCUCCAUCCAGGCCGAGAUCGAGCUGGACGUCGGCCUCAAGGGAGGUAAGGUGCACGGAUCCCUGGCCCGUGCCGGCAAGGUAAAGGGACAGACGCCUAAGGUGGAAAAGCAGGAGAAGCGCAAGAAGAAGACGGGUCGGGCCAAGCGCCGCAUCCAGUACCGGCGGCGCUUCGUCACCGUGGUGCAGACGUUCGGGAAGAAGAAGGGCCCGAACGCCAACUCGUAAAAAUGUAUGACGCCCAAAUAAACAACGCCCGUUAAA